GACCAGCGAUGGGCUCCGGUCACUGCUCGCUCCUGGUGCUGCUGCUGGCGCUGCCCGCGGCGUGCGGGGACUGCGGGCCGCUGCCAAACAUCAGCCACGCCGAGCCUCGUGGGGCCAUCAAAGAGCAGCAGAGCUUCCCCGUGGGCUCCAAAGUGACCUUUGCCUGUGUCCCGGGGUACACCAAGCUCCCCCUGCUCUCUGACACCAUCCAGUGCCUGCCCAACUCCCGCUGGUCCAGCCUGCCCGAAUUCUGUGGCCGCAGCUGCCCCAGACCUCCAUCUGUGAGAUUUGCUUCCAUAUCAUCAGAAGACCAAAGGCAGAAUUUUUAUGCUGUUAAUACCACGGUGAGGUACAUUUGUCGCCCAAGUUAUGACAACACCACGGACCAGCCCCUCACCAGCACCUGUCUGGACAACUUAACGUGGACAGAAGUUCCUCCACUGUGUCGGGUGAAAUCCUGUGGUGUUCCAGCCAAUCCAGAACACGGCCAAGUGAUCACAAAAGAUCAUCAGCUGGGAGGAACAGCCAGUGUGGUUUGUGAGCGUGGGUACAGAUUAGAGGGAGCAUCACCUUCCAUCAGGUGUCUCCUACAGGAUGGCAAAGCUGUCUGGAGUCCUCUCCCAGCUUGUCAGGCCCUCUCCUGUCCCCCUCCCCCGGCCAUCCCGCGGGGGCAGCACAGUGGGAACAGCUCGGGGGAAUUUGCGUUCGGCUCUGUCACAACCUACAGCUGUGACCCGGGGCUGGAGCUGCGGGGGCAGGACACGCUGAGCUGCGGGGACAAUGGCACCUGGAGCGGGUCCCCUCCCAGCUGCGUUAAAACCACAGCAGAGACAAACCAAACCAAGUCCUCAGAAGAGAAUCCUUACUGGCUGGCAAGCAUCCUCAUUCCGAGUUGCAUUGUUCCCCCAGUAGCCCUUGGAAUUCUAGCUGGGAUCAUCAUGAGACGGAAGGAGAGUGAGAAGCACUCUUACAAUGUGAAUUUAGAAAAACACAAGGGGAAGGGGAGGGAUGCAGAGAUGCACCAGCAGGUUGCAGAUAAGAAGAAGCACCCCAAGCCCUGGAAUUCCUAUUUCUGCCACACAGGGAACUGCCACGUGUGUCCCAGCUGUGAGGAGCAGCUCCACAGGGACCUGGCCCCUCUGUCAGAGCCCCCCCAGCUCAGCUGCACCGCCUGCCAGGACUGGCUGAGCUCCCAAAAUCCCCGCACCCACUCUGUCCCCAGCAUUGGGGACACUGGGGACAGCCAGAGCCCAGCAGGGACCAGCUCUCCUGCCGAAGCUGGGGAUGUGCAGAGGGGAAAUGGCACAGGAGAGGCUGCUCCAGGGUGGAGUGAGGCACAGCAGCCCAUGCACCACCACAGUGACCACAUCUGUCCCAUCUGUGAGAGCUGGCUCCGUGCCCACACCGGCCAGGGUGACAGCAGGACUGUGACAGCAGGGGAGUGGCAGCACCAGGGGUGAGUGUGCCCAGUGCAGGCAGCUCCUCUCAGCACUCUGUGCCCUCCAAACUGGGAAUUCCCUGCUUGACUUAACACAAA